UUAUGAUGUGUUACCCCCAAAAUAUCGACAAUCUAUAUAUGUUUGCACUGUAUAGAUACAUAAUAUGCAUGGCAUGCCCUGCCCCCACAAACUUAAAAAUUGCCAACCUCCCCAUGUUACACAUGUCCCUACACUAGUUUCAUUUUCUUCUUCUUCUUCUUUUUGUUUUUUCAAUUUCAUUUUUUUCUUUUUACUAGUAUAUAUAUAUAUAUAUCAAUCCACCCUUAACUUACAGCUGGUAGUAGCUAGAUCUAAAAUAUUAUGUGUUCGUCAAAGUCUAAAAAAGUAGUAAAGCAGAAGAGCAGUAGCAUCAAUGGCUUGAUCCGCCCUGUGCUUCAGCCUAACUGCAUUAAUCGGAGCCCUCUCCUUGAAACUGAAAGGUUCAAUUCCAUUCCCCUUCUAUUAAUCCACAAUUCAUCCUCCUCUUCUUCUUCUUCUUCUUCUUCUUCUUCUCCAAUUCCAACCAACAAUUCUACUAGUAUUAGUAUUGAAUUUGAAGGUGCUACUACAAAACCAGCUGCUGUUAACUCCGCAAAACCUGCAUCUAAAUCUUCUCUCACCCCCAAGUCCAGGUCCAUCGAUCAUCAUCAUCAUCAACCGUAUUCUUCAUCGUCAUCAUCCAGAUGUAGCACUAGCUUCAAAUACACUUCCUCUGCCAUUGUUGAUGCACCAGGAACCAUUGCAGCAGCCAGAAGGGAGCAGGUCGCCAUUACUCAAGAGCAGAGGAAAUUGCGUAUCUCUCAUUACGGAAGAACUUCAUCCUCCGAUCAUCAUCAUCAAUAUUCCUCUUCCCUUCCCACCAUUAAUAAUAAUAAUAAUAAUAAUCACUUCAUUCAGAGAUGCAGUUUCAUCACCCCUAAUUCAGAUCCCAUCUAUGUGGCUUAUCACGACGAAGAAUGGGGGGUGCCUGUCCAUGAUGACAAAAUGCUGUUUGAAUUGCUGGUUUUAACCGGUGCACAAGUUGGAUCGGAUUGGAGUUCAGUGUUGAGGAGGAGAGAAGAUUUUAGGAAGGCGUUCUCGAGAUUUGAUGCAGAUAUAAUUGUUUCCAAAUUCUCCGAGGAAAAGAAGAUUAAUCUCAUCACUUCUCAUUAUGCUCUCGACUUGACCCUCGUCAGGGCUGUCGUCGACAACUCCAAAAGGAUCCUUGAGAUAAAGAAGGAAUAUGGGUCAUUUGACAAGUAUGUGUGGGGAUUUGUGAAUGACAAGCCUAUUGUGACUCAAUACAAGUGGUGCCACAAGAUUCCGGCAAAGACAUCAAAAUCGGAGACGAUAAGCAAGGACAUGGUCAGGAGAGGUUUCCGGCAUGUGGGACCCACCAUCAUACACUCUUUUAUGCAGGCUGCCGGCCUUACCAACGACCACUUAAUCACUUGUCCAACCCACCACAUCAACUUAAUUCAUUAAUUCAUUCAUUAAUACUAAGAUCUUAUAAAUUCAUCCAUCUUCCUCUGCUCGAUCAUCAUCAUCAUCAUCAUCAUCAUCAUAUAUCCAUAUCUACUUAAUCAUGAAUUCAUUCAUUGGAAUUAUUAAUAUUUAAUACGACCUACUAAUUAUCGUUCAGUUCUAGCUAGCUACUAAUUAAUUAGCUGCAUACAUCAUGUAAAUGUUGAUUAUAAUUAAUAUCUCUACGUUUAUAGGAAUAUUUAUGGAUCCAACUAGGUAGUAGCUAAUUAAUUACAUUCGAUGACACAAACCUUGUGUUUAUAUAUAUAGCUAGCUCAUAUAUAUAUGUAGCAGCUUCAAGUGUGUGUUUGCUGCGUACGUGUGAGCGAGAGAUUUCUUUUGUUUUGCUUUGGCUUUGUUUUAAUUUGCUUGGACUUUAUUAUGUAAUUUGAUCAAUAUUGAUGGAUUGCUUUCAUUUUGAUUUGCAUGCACAUCAUAUAUAUGAUAUAUCAUUUCCUUUA